AGAGAAAGGGGAAAGAGACACGGCUAGAAUCGGGAAAAUGGCCACACGGACGAGGGAAAUUGCACAGCCGGCGACUGGAACAACGACGGUAACCCUAACCCUAGGAAACCCAUCGGAAUCUGCACCAUCAUCAUCAUCAUCAUCAUCACAGCAGCAACCAAUCGAAACCCUAACGUUGAAACUGAAGCCAAAGAGGAGAGUAUCGUGGAAACCAGGAACUGUGGACAACGAGUUCCUCAACAAGAAGAGUUCCAAGAAAUGUUGCAUUUUCCACAAAGAAAAGCCUUUUGAUGAAGACGAUAGCGAUGAUGACGAUGCCGAUGACAAAGAAAAUGACCCAUCAAAGAGUCAUCAUCAUGGGGAUCAUUGCUGUUCUAAACAGGAUCAUGGAGGAGAAGCUAGUACAAGUUAUUCUGAAGAUCACUGAUAUAUUUGACUUGUAAGUUUGUUGAACUUUUUGUUUAGAAGGAAAAAAAUGUUAUUUUUGGGGUAAAUUUGUUAAUUGGUAUUAUUGGCGAUCUUCUGUUAUUGGGAAUCUGAUUGAAACUUACGUUUCGGUGGA